AGUAACAUUUGCACCCAAUCCUCUCUCUCAGACACACACAUUGAAACCGGUGGACACGCGCCAGUGAGUUUCGAAAAAAUGGCGACACUGUACUCACUUCAGAGCGCCAACCUUCUUCUUAAUUCUCCAUUCUCUCUCUCUUCUUCUUCUUCUUCUUCUUCUUCACGCUCCACUUUCUCUCUCUUCGCUUCCACAUCCAGGCCCAAUAUGUCGUCUCAGGCUUCCAUUGAAUCCACGCCGUGUCUUCCUCCUCUGCCUGAUAAUCGCAUCGUGCUGGGUGUUGGUGCUGUGGUGGUGGACAUCUUGGCGGCCGUGGCUGCUUAUCCUAAGCCGGAUGACAAGAUCCGAAGCACGAGCUUGAAGGUUCAAGGAGGUGGCAAUGCUGGAAAUGCUUUAACUUGUGCAGCUCGUUUGGGCUUAAAUCCAAGGCUGAUUUCCAAGGUUGCUGAUGAUGCACAAGGGAGAGGAAUACUGGAGGAACUAGAAGCUGAUGGUGUAGACACUUCUUUUCUUGUGGUUUCAAAGGAGGGAAAUUCGCCUUUUACCUAUGUCAUUGUUGACAAUCAAAUGAAAACUCGCACUUGUAUUCACACUCCAGGAUCCCCUCCUAUGAUACCUUCUGAGCUUUCCAUCUCAAAUUUGAUAUCAGCCUUGGACAGAGCACAACUCGUCUAUUUUGAUGUAAGGUUGCCUGAAACGGCUUUAGUAGUUGCACAGGAGGCAAAACGCAAGAGUAUACCUAUUUUAGUGGAUGCAGAAAAGAAAAGGGAAGGGUUGGACGAUCUUCUAAAUUUUUCAGACUAUGUUGUAUGCUCGGAAAAAUUUCCACAGGCAUGGACUGAAGCGCCAUCUGUUCCGAGUGCACUUAUUUCCAUGCUUUUGAAGUUGCCAAAUAUUAAAUUUGUGAUUGUGACCUUAGGCGAAGAUGGCUGCAUAAUGCUUGAGAGAAGUGUAACUGCUUUUCAUUGGAGCGUACCUUUAGCAGAGAUUGAUCAGUCUGAAGAAAUGGAUGUAGAUAGUUUAUUAGAAUCGCUGAAGCAGAGAAUGGACAAUAGCAAAUCCAUGCCAGCAUGCAUUUCAUCGACGGUGACAAAAUUGCGAGGAGAUGGGGUUGGAACUGUGAGUGGGAGAUUAUUAGUUGGAACGGCUGAGAAGAUACCAGCCUCAGAACUUAUUGAUACAACAGGUGCUGGAGAUGCAUUUAUUGGGGCCGUUCUGUAUGCUAUUUGUGCCGACAUGCCACCAGAAAAAAUGUUGCCGUUGGCUGCUCAAGUGGCAGCUGCUAGCUGUAGAGCUCUGGGAGCCCGAACUGGUCUUCCUCGUCGCACUGAUCCUCGCCUGGCUUCCUUUUUACAUUAAAGUUCCCAAACGACAGCCACUCAACUGGUGCGGUGAGCAAGAAACGUGGCAUUUCCUUUAAGUCGAGCCUUUUGAUCUCCAUUGUCUGCAUUAGUGUUUUCUGGACUUCUACUCUAUAUUUCUUUUGUCGUGAAAAUGAUUUGGCAAUUGUGAGCAACAGACGGUUCAAUAAGUGGCGGUGAAAAUGCCAAGUUUUAUAAUCGAGGACAGAAAAUGGGGCACUUUUUAACCUCUUCAUUUUUGUAUGAAUGUACCAAAAAAAGGGAUAAUAUGUCAUUUCUCCUGCAAUGAUUUGUUUAUUCACCUAGGCAAAAACUCAAUGACACUUGACUCUGGUUUUUUUUUUUUUCUU